AUGCAGUCACGUGAAGAUCUUGAAAACCUCAUUGUGAGCACGGUGGCUUCAACCCCAGAAGGCGUUCAGAUUUAUAAGUUUGAAAAAAACUUCAAGUAAGUUGUAGAUUCAGAUUUGUGUUGUUUCUCUUCAUUAUUCGUUGCUUCUAUAUCGUUUUAGUCGAGGUCUUUUGCUUUAUGAUGUUGUUUUAGAGAUGAUUGGGGCAUUGACUUAAAACAACAUUAUGAAAAGUUUGGAGCUUCUAACAUUCUGGACUUGGUGGACGAGUUGGGCGACAAACUCAUUCUCAAGAAUGGUUUGGUGUUUCCAGUCAGGAACGAGAAGAUCAACGAUGUUAUUGAUCUCAUCGAAGAAUCAAAGUAAGGUUUUCUAGUUUAGUUUCUUUGAAUUUUAACUGUUUUUUUAAAAUUAUGGUUUAUAUCAUUGGGUAUGAUAUUGCUUUCGGAAUAUUCUGAUCGUAAUAAUCUCUUAAUUGUUUUGUGCUUGAUCUGUAGUUUGUUUUGUUGUGUUUUAGAGAAAUUAACGAGGAAGAACGUAUCAGGAAGAGGAAUAUGAAUAUGGAUAGACGUCGUUUUCCAAGUAAACCUAAGUUCCGCGACCAAAGAAGACCAAUAUUUAUGAAAUCUGAUGGCAUUCACGGGUUGAGGGUUAGUUUUGUUAUAUUGAGUUCAUGGUUUGUAUUUUUGAUAAUAAUUGUGAAGUUUUAGGACUCCUCAAUCUUCCAGAACUUUGGUAACAGUGUGAACAUGAUUCCUCUGACGCAAAAGGUCAAUUUCGGAGGAUCCAAAGACUUUGAUGAUUUUGGCGGAUCAAAGGAGAACAGGCCUUUUGCACAAACAUAUGCAGCUAAGUCGUCGCCUUUCGCUGACUUCUGCUCUAAUUUGCCGUCUACAUCACCUGAAGCCAAGAGUUCAGGGCCUCAGAAGUCUGGACCAGCUUUCUCACUUUCGUCUAAGAAGCCUUUAGAUGCGGUUGGCUUUAUAAAAUCAGAAAUUUCUGGUGCUUUCCAGAAUUCAAAAACUUCUGAAUUUGGAAAGUCAGUAUCGUCUAUUUGGAGCAACUUACCGUCAGAUGAUCUCGACUCAGUGGCUGGUUUUGGAAACUCUCCGAAAAGUGACUCAAAGAAGUUUCAAGAUAACCCGUUUGGACGAUAUCCUUCUGUGAAACCAACUGAUUCCGAGUUUGGAGUACCAACCAACAAAGGCGAUACUAGCUUCUGGUCGGCUUCUAUUUCGGAAAGUGCUUCAGUGUCAGAUGAGAGUACAUUAAGGUGUGAAUCUACGCUUGGAUCUGAUGAUGUCUCUAAGGCUGCACCGAAGGUUUUAUAUACCAAGAAUAUUUCAAUCUCUGCUGGAUACAAGAGAAGCAUUGCUGGGUACCUAAGCUCAAACAGUAGAUUGUUCAAACCUCCAAUUACUAAGCCUGUGAAGACGCCCGUUCCGGUUGAAGAGCCUGAUUGGGUAAGUCAUUAUCAUUAACAUCUUUCUGUAUAUUUCUGACUUUUAUUUUACAUAAUUGUGUAACAUAACCGGAUAGGGAUAACUUUUUGAUCUUAUUCUUUGUAAUAAUAGUAUAAUUGAUUGCAGGAUAAGGUGAUGGCUUGUGUUGAUAUUGUACACAAACGAAACGGGGUACGGAUCAGUAUUUUAGAGAAGGAGUUGGAACAGAUCUAUGGGAGCCCAAUUUCUAAUGCUCUGGUAAGUAAGCUACUGUAACUUUUGUAGUUCUUGCAAUUUUUGAUCAUAUACUGAUAAUUAUGUAACAAAGCGGUCAAGUUUCAUCUUUUAGAUUAAGAAAGUAUUCGGAGUCAAUGUUCAUUACCUUUACAAGGCUUUGACGCUGAUGAAGGGUUCAGUCUUCAAAUACGAUCCUCCGAGGGAUUUCAUCGAGUUGAAGUACCCUUGUAAGUCAAAAAUGUUUCUUGAGAGUUAUCAAUAAUGUUUGUUGCAUAAGCAUAGUAGGCGGUUCUGCAAAUUGUCUUUUAAAAUUAUAGAUAACGAAGUUCAAAUCAGAAUUCAUGCGUCCAAAGCCGCAACAUCUGUAAAGGAAGUUGUUAAGGACAUCACAACGGAUUCUGAUGUCCUUGAAGAAUCUGCAAGCACGACGAAUGACGAUGCUUCAACAUCUGAUACCACAACUAUUCAGGAGACAGAAGAAGCACCGCUUGAAGAGGAAGAUCGAAAGACUUCUGAUUUUGGCGACUCAACUUUGGUUAAGGACUGCGACGACCUUGGGAAGACGUUGGUUCCAGAUAAUGUGAAUAUGUUUGGACAUUCCAUGGCGACAUCUGAGACGUUCAAUAAGUAUCGUAACUCGAAGUUGUCGGAGUUUGGAUCUGACGGCGAUCAGACGUGUUCGGACAGUCUGAACCAGGCUAUUGAAGCUGACCUUCCUGAUGAUUUUGACUUCAAGUCUUCUAUCGAUGGAACAGCUUUCUACAUCAACGUGAGUCAUCCUUUACUUUGUUGAGAUUUUAUAAAGCUAUCUUUGUAUAAAUUUAUGGUGUAAUAUUGAGGAGACAGAAAUUGUUUAUUCGGAAUUUUAAUAUUUUGAUUUCAGAAGGUAAUAGUUCAGAUUCUGAACGUUAUCAUGAAGAACGGAGGCCUUGUUAAGAUGGAACUCUUUGAAAAGAGUACAUACAGGGAUUUAGAAGGAAAUGUUAGGCUAUUGUCUUUCCAGCAGGUAGGUUGUGGGAUUUAAUUGAUGUAUCUGUUUAGAUCAACUACGUCUUUGGAAUCAGAUCCAAUUCUUUGCGUGAAACCUUUGAGAAGCUUCCUCAGUUUUUCAAAAUCAAGGGCGACUGUGUUGGGAUUGAUUCCUUUGUGAGCAUGUUCUUCGAAGAAGGCUCGGUGGUCGAGUUUAACCAGAACAACGUGAUGACAGAUGUCGUGACGUUGGACAACUUGCGGAUUGAGAGGGAUUGCAUCCAGAAUGCGCAUUUAAUGCCACCAAAGGCAUAA